AUGGCGGCCGUGCGGGGCCUGCGGAUCUCGGUGAAGGCGGAGGCAACGGCUACAACGGCGGAGCCCCGCGGCCCGGAGCCUGAGCCUAUGGAAGUGGAAGAGGGCGAGCUGGAGACCAUCCCUGUGAGGCGCUCGCUCCGGGAGCUCAUUCCGGACACUAGUAGGAGAUAUGAAAACAAAGCUGGAAGUUUCAUUACUGGAAUAGAUGUAACGUCCAAGGAAGCAAUUGAGAAAAAGGAACAAAGAGCAAAACGCUUUCAUUUUCGAGCUGAAGUGAAUCUCGCCCAAAGGAAUGUGGCGCUGGAUCGGGACAUGAUGAAGAAAGCCAUUCCUAAAGUGAGACUGGACACAAUUUACAUUUGUGGGGUGGAUGAGAUGAGUACACAGGACAUCUUUGCCUAUUUCAAAGAGUAUCCUCCUGCUCAUAUUGAGUGGUUGGAUGAUACCUCAUGUAAUGUGGUCUGGCUUGAUGAAGUAACAGCAACACGGGCUCUAAUAAAUAUGAGUUCCUUGCCUGAUCAAGAGAAAACAAAAAGCAGAGAAAACAAUGAGGAGAAGACAGCUGAAAAAACCAAGAAAGAAAAACAGGAGGAAAGUUCUGAUGAUGAGACAGAAGAAGGCGAGGUUGAGGAUGACAAUCCAAGUGAUGUUGAGUUGGAUGCCCUCUCCCAGGUAGAAGAGGAUUCUCUCCUGCGUAAUGAUCUUCGCCCUGCCAAUAAACUGGCUAAAGGAAACAAGCUAUUCAUGAGAUUUGCUACUAAAGAUGACAAAAAAGAGCUGGGAGCUGCAAGGCGAAGCCAGUAUUACAUGAAAUACGGCAAUCCAAAUUAUGGAGGCAUGAAGGGGAUUCUUAGCAAUUCUUGGAAACGAAGAUACCAUUCACGUCGAAUCCAUCGGGAUGUGAUAAAGAAAAGGACGCUUAUUGGGGACGAUGUUGGCUUGACUCCUCCUUAUAAACAUCGUCAUUCAGGCUUAGUAAAUGUUCCUGAGGAGCCUAUUGAGGAGGAGGAAGAGGAGGAAGAAGAUCAGGAUAUGGAUGAAGAUGACAGGGUUGUAGUAGAGUACCGUGAUGAACUGCAAGCUUUCAAACAGUCCCGAGACCGCAGUGCAGCAAGACGAUCGAGUGCUAGUGCAUCUGAUUCUGAUGAAAUGGACUAUGAUCUUGAACUGAAAAUGAUAUCAACACCCUCUCCCAAAAAGAGCAUGAAAAUGACAAUGUAUGCAGAUGAGGUGGAAUCACAACUGAAAAAUAUUAGGAAUUCCAUGCGAGCAGAUAGCAUAGCAACCAGCAACAUCAAAAAUCGGAUUGGCAGUAAAGGAUCAUCAGAGAAAGUUGCAGAUGUAAGACUACUGUUAGAAGAAAAACGUCAAAAUAAUACUGGGUCACGUCAGCCAAACAGCACUGUAAAAUCAGAUGUGCGGCAAAGACUGGGAAAAAGACCACAUUCUCCAGAAAUUAAACCUCCAAGUAGUACCUCUGCUCCUCGUCGAGAACCAAUAUCAGAUGUACACAGUCGGUUAGGAAUCCCCAAGCAAGAUGUAAAAGGCCUCUACUCUGAUACCAGAGAGAAGAAGUCAGGUAAUUUAUGGACCCGAUUAGGGUCUGCUCCGAAGACACAAGAAAAGACUUCAGAUAAACCUGAAAACUCUGUGGCAUCUCCAGAGGAAGAUGAUUCAGAGCUCCAGCGGGUUUGGGGUGCUCUCAUUAAGGAAAAAGAACAGUCUCGGCAAAAAAAGAGUCGAUUGGAUAAUUUACCAUCUCUACAAAUUGAAAUCAGCCGAGAAAGCAGUUCUGGAUCAGACACUGAAUCAUGAUUGGUUUUACAUUCUGUUCCUCAAGAUUGUGACUCUGCAGUGUGGCAAGAUUUCCUUUGCCCAAAAGCUGGACACUGGCAAAGACUGCAGUGAAGGUUCCAGAAGUGUCUCUUCCUUUUAUACAAAAAUAGAGAUAUACCACUUGAAACGUAAAGCAAUCACGUUUGUCUGGAGUCUGUGGUUGGCCCUGGGUCAUGUAGGGCAUUGUCAUACAUGUUUAUUACAGCAAACCUGUAGUUAAUUCUAGCAAAACACUUUCCCCCAAGCUUUGAACUUAAAAGAAGAGGCAGAAAUGCUCUGUAUUUUUAAGACGACCUUUUUGUUCUUAAUAUUUUUAACAUGGAGCCUUUUAACAAAAUAUUUUACACAGUUCAUCCAAAGAACAGGGCAUUUCAUAAUGAGUGUCAUUGCCUUGCCCUUCUGGCUCUUACCAGCACCUUUCCUUUCCUCUUGAAGUAGUAACAAUAAUGCUUCCUGGGUAGGCAGCCAGCAAGGAUGAAGCCUGAAGGGACUAUCAUGUUCCCUUCCUCCAAAAUACUGAAUGUAAAACUAAGUUACAUGUUUUAGUACAGUGAAAUUUCACAUAGUAUCCGAGUAGCAUCACUGCUCUCAAGGAAUUCUGCUCAUUUAUUUUGGUGAUGCUAUGUUCUGCUGUAGCAGGGAUUGAGAUGUUCAAGACUGCGAAGUUGAAUGUUUGAGAAUUGUGUAAAUUCCUGAGGGUUUAAUUUUUUUUUUUUGUUACAUGGUGAGAAAUUCUAUUUCUUUCAUUUCAUCUGUAUUAUGUUUUGAAGGAAUCUAACAAUUUAAAAACAUACACUUUUAUAUUUGUGAGAAUUUUCCUGUUGGCCACGGUGAAAGCUAUAGUGGUGUUUUCCUAU